AUGGAUCGCCUUCUUCAACCAGUAGUAGGAGACAAUGGGCAAGAAAAAUUUUGUGUGGAGAUGAUGAAACGCCUCAAAAUUCAGCGAAGGAAUGAACAUCUCUGCGAUGUGAUUCUAGAAGUUGGUUCCGGCGACCAUCAAGCUCGUUUGAAAGCCCAUAAAAUCGUGUUAUGUGCGGCGAGUCCGUUCUUUUACAAUGCGCUAAACAUUGACAUGACAGAAAAGAAAGAAGGAGUGAUCAAACUGGAACAAACGAGCAAGGCUGUAAUGGAAGAUGUGUUGGAAUAUCUCUACACGGGACAUGUUGACAUCAAUGAACAUAAUGUCUUUGACUUGUUGCAAUCAGCAGAUUUUCUUAUUGUCCCAAGUUUGAAGUUGGCAUCAGUAGAGUUCAUCUCUGAAACGCUGUCUUCCUCGAACUGUUUAAUGGCUUAUUAUUCCGCCAGCAGGUACCAGUGUCCGGACUUGCAAAGACAAGCAAAGGAUUUUAUCUUCGCAAAUUUCAUGAGUGUCACAGAAUCGGCUGAUUUUCAGAACUUAACGGGAGAAGAGGUUGAAGAGUGGAUUUCAAGCGAUGAAAUCCAAAUAAACGGCGAAGAAGACGUCUUUCAGGUGAUCUUAAAGUGGAUGGAGGGACGUGAUCAUAAAGAAGGCGAAGUAUUUUUUGAAUUGUUUCGUCACGUUAGAGUGGUGUACAUGUCACGCAACUUUGUCUUUAAGGUUGUUUUUAGUCAUCCUUUGGUAAAAGACAGUGCAAUAUGCACAGAAUUUGUAUUAAGUGCACUGAAAGAGGUUUCAAGUGGCAGUGAAGAUUGUUAUUUUGCCAAGCCACCAAGGAAAUGCCUUAACAAUUGCGAAGAUGGGCUUGUUAUCUGUGAAGGAAAUAAGACGUAUUGCUACAUUCCUUCAAUUAACAGAUGGUACAAGAUGGCGGACAUGGUACCAGGAGAAAAUAUGGCUGGCAACAGAAUGGUUGCUUGUCAUGGAAAAGUGUACAUGAUGAGAAAAAAAGAUGGUAUCAAAUGUGCACUGGAACGUUAUGAUCCAUCAGUAAACUCUUGGACACCUGUCAUCUCACUCCCAUCAUUGAUGCAGAAUUCAACACAUCUAUGUUGGGGUGUAGUUAACUUCCAAGGUUGUCUCUAUUUCUUUGGUGGAGCGAGUGACUGUAUACAUAAGUAUAAUCCUGAUACAAAGCUGUGGCAGGAGGUAGCACCAAUGAGUGUCGCUAGGUGGGGUGUGUGCGCUGUUGCAGAUGAAAGUUCUUUGUAUGCAAUAGGAGGCAUGUCUGGUGAUGGAGUGCUGGACUUGGUGGAAAAAUAUGACCCUGAAAGAAACUCUUGGAAUAGAGUUGCUUCAACUGCUGAAAGAAAGAUGCUUUCUUGUGGCGCUAUUGUGAAAGAGAAAGUGUUUUUGUUUGGAGGAUUCUUGGGUGGCAAUGGAAAUGAACCUCAACUCUCAAGUUGUAUUGAAAUGUAUGACCCAACGUCAAAUGUGUGGUCUAUUCUACAAAAUACAGAUGUACUAGGUUUUACAAGUGCUGUAAGUUUCAAAGAAGGUAUUUAUCUGGUACGUCAUGAGAGAUAUAAUAUUUCCUUGUAUAAAUAUGAUUUUGAUAAGAAGGAACUACUAUCAUGUGCUGAAUAUCAUAAUGCAUGUGAUACUGAUUCCAAUCAGUGGCUCACCUUAACUUCCCUGCGAAUCCCAAAAGACUCCUUACAAUCAUUUGUACAACUCAAUACAGUAUAA